ACGUAAUGCAUCAAAUUGUCUUCAACCAUUCAAGAACAUCUCAUCGAGCUCUGAUUCUUCUAACCAAAACAUGCCUUACGACCCCUCAGUUAAAGCAGCUGCAUUCCCACCUAACCGUCUCCGGCGCAAUCGGCGAUACACUUACCGCCCGAAAACUCGCCGCACAAUUGGCGGUUUCCGACUACUCUCACGCCUGGACCUUCCUGCGCCACCUGCCUUCCAAAUCCGGCUCCAUCUGGACCAGCUCUAUUAGAUCCUUAUGCGAAAAUCACCAUUCCGAGAAUGCAAUUUCACUCGCCAAUCACAUGGUUAGAAGCGGCUGCUACCCUGAUAAUUACACCUUCUCGUUUGUAUUCCGCGCCUGCGCUGAAAUUUCCGAUGUUGCGUCGGCGUUGAUGUUUCAUAGCUUGGCGGUGAAGCUAGGGUGGGCUGGGUAUGAUUACGUGGUUAAUUGUUUGAUCCAUUGUUACAUUGGGUGUGAUGCCAUGGAUAAUGCGAGGAAGGUGUUCGACGAAAGUUCUGUACGGGAUGUGAUCACUUGGACUGCAGUGAUCAAUGGGUAUUUCAAGAUUGGGCAACUUGAGUUAGCACAGAAGAUGUUCGACGAAAUGCCGCAGAGAAAUGAAGUUUCUUGGAGUGCUAUGAUCAAUGGCUAUGCUCAAAUGGGGAUGUUUAUGGAAGCAUUAGAGGCUUUUAACGAAAUGCUGGCCUCCGGCGUAAAGCCUAAUCAGUCGGGAUUGGUCGGAGCCAUCUCAGCCUGCACGCAUCUCGGCUCAUUGGAUCAAGGCAGAUGGAUCCAUGCAUACAUCGAUCGAAACGCAAUACAAUUGGAUGGAGUGGUGGGGACGGCUCUCGUCGACAUGUACGCCAAAUGCGGGAGCAUCGACAUUGCCCGUGAUCUCUUUGAGAAGAUCCCGCGCCACGAAAGAUAUGCUCAUGCUUACACCUCUUUGAUCACGGGUUUAGCUAAUCAUGGCGAGAGUAGAGCCCCGCUCGAGUUGUUUAGAAUUAUGGAGGAGGACGGCGUUUGUCCUAGCGAAGCGACGUUUGUUUCCGUCCUGAGUGCUUGUAGUCGGAUCGGUUUAGCAGAAGAGGGGUUAAGAAUCUUCCGAAGAAUGGAAGAAGUUUACGGGAUUGUUCCGGGAGUGCGCCAUUACGGUUGUCUUGUGGAUAUGUUGGCAAGAGCCGGACAAUUGGAAGAGGCUGACGAGGUUGUAAGAAGGAUGCCGAUGGAGCCUAGUUUGUCAGCGUUGGGAGCAUUGCUGAACGCUUGCAGAGUUCACGGCGACGUGAACCUAGGAAAAAGGACAGUUGAUGAGUUGUCUGAGCGCUCUCUCGACCAUAGCGGAGUGCACGUACUUUUGUCGAAUAUUUAUGCAUCUCUCGACAAAUGGAACGAGGUGGCGGGUGUCCGGGCGAGAAUGGCAGAGAAAAGGGUCCAAAAGGUUGCGGGAUGUAGCUGCAUCGAAGUCGAAGGUAAGGUUGUUGAGUUUGUAGCUGGGGAGAAAUGUUUGAUUGAUAUGAACAAGAUGGAUGAAACUAUAGCAGCAUUGGUGAGGGUUGAGAGACACUCUAAAUCACUUUGUACUUGAUACUGAUAUAUACUACAUUGUUUUCUUGAUGUUCUUACAAAAUUCAUAGCAAGAAAGUUUUGAA